AUUUUGGGCAACAAACAUCAUUUGCUCUUUAAGCAAGUAACAUACGAAUUACACAUUCAUUUAACCGGUCACUUUUAUAAUUAAUCAAAAUGGCAUUCAAGUUUGUCGCUGUCUUUGCUUUGCUCGCUGUCGCCAAUGCUGGUUUCCUCCCAGCUGCUCAAGUAUACCAUGCUGCUCCUGCCGCUGUUGUUAAAACUGUUGCUCCCGUAGCCCAUUAUGCUGCUCAACCUGUUUUGGCAAAAGCUGAUGAUGAAUACGAUCCUCAUCCUCAAUACAAAUAUGGAUACAAUGUACAAGACAACCUUUCUGGUGACUCCAAGCAUCAAGUUGAAGAACGCGAUGGUGAUGUAGUACGUGGUGAAUACUCUUUGAUCGAUGCUGAUGGCUUCAAACGUACCGUUCAAUAUACUGCCGAUCCCGUCAACGGUUUCAACGCUGUUGUCAACCGCGAACCUCUUGUCAAAGCUGUAGUUGCACCUACUGUAGUUAAGACUGUUGCUCCCGUAGCUCACUAUGCUGCUCCAGCUGUAGUCAAGACUGUUGCUCCCGUUGCCCACUACGCUGCUCCAGCUGUUGUUAAGACUGUUGCUCCAGUAGCUCACUACGCUGCUCCAGCUUACACCACCUACUCUGCCCCAUCCCACUACGUUUCCCAUCACUAAAUGUCAUUUUUGAUAAAUCAUACCGUGACUGAUCAUUAAUUAGAUAAAUAUGAUUGUUUUUUAAUUUAUAGUUAAAUAAAUUUAUUAAAUUUAAAAAAAUA